AUGAGUAUAACAACUAAUUCAUUGAAAUCUUUAAAGUUCACUAAUUCAGAAUUAGAAAAUAUUUUAGAAAAUUUUGGAGACGGUUCUUAUCCAACAUAUAUGCAGAAUGUGAAAGAGUUUUCCAGAUUGUUGAAUGAAUUUAAAUAUAACGGACCAAUUACUAAAAAGGCUAUAAUGAGAUAUUUAUAUCCCAAAAAAGUUGAAAAACAGGAGAAUAUUCCUCUUUAUGGUCCAGAGGACCUGGGCUCAGAGAGCCUUGAAACACCUCCUGAAUAUUUUGAAGAAAAAAUUAAACAAGAUGAAUAUUAUAACGAUGAGAUUGAGAAAUUGGAACAAUUAA